UCUGCUUGAUCAGUGCAUUCAUUAUUAACAAAUUUGCAAUUUGUUAAACACAAGCUAUGUCACAUAGUGAGCCUGGAGCUUUCAGGUCUGAGGGCCUAUGGGGCAGUUGAUUGAUUGCUUUGAGUGUAUGUCCAUUGUCAUUCUGUCUCAACAGCAAAUAUUUGUUUCAAGUAUUUUGCAUUGUCUAUUUGAUUUAAGCUGUCUAGUUUUAUUUUGGUCAAAUUAUUGUUAUUAUUUUUUCAAUUUAAUUAUUUGUUUAAAUACAUUUUACAACAGCUUGCUGCGGUAGUGGCUUCUCUUCGCCGCGGGGGGAUCCACAACAGUAUGUGCCGCAAUUCCUUCCAGCGAAGAAGUAAAGGCCACAACAAUAACACACAGCUAGCUACACUGAGACGAAGAUCAACGAAAUAGCCCGUGUUUAGCUCGUAAAUUCUAUUGUAACACAUUUAGGAAGAACGUUUCCGUGAAUAGCCCAAAAUAAGUAGUUAACUUCAGGCCCCAUGUUAUGUUGUUAACAGAAAUAACAUGCUGUCGUUGUUGUGACGCGCAGGCAAUAAAAGCUAAGUAGCUGCAUCGUUAGCUUGUUUACAAUAAGUUCGGUUCUCCUUUCGGUUUUCUGUUUAAUGUCACUGGUCUCUGGUUCCGCGCGCAGACAUGGAGAGCUUGUACAAGCGGAAAAUGUUCGCAUCCAUGCGGAAAACCAAAGUGGACGCAUCGAAGAAGCGGCAGAUUGGCCUGCCCGCCUCCAUCCUGGACGACAGUGACGAAGGUUCCUUCACCUCCUCUUCCUCCGGAUCCCAAUCCGACUUCCAGAGCUCCCCGGGAGAGGACACCGAGCAGGAGGACCGGGGCCGGAGCGAUUCCGGGGCGACUUCUAGCGAUGACAGCUGUUCCGUGACCCGCAAAAAGCGCUCGUUUUUGGGAGGCGACAACAGCUCCUCGUCCUCCAGUCCCGGGGAGGAGGACACAACUAAUGAUGAGGAUGGGGACAGAAGCCAGACGAAAAGGAUGGUGCAGCCAAAGAAGCGGAGCAGGCUACAGCGACAGGACGAGUCGGACUCAGACCAAGUGGAGGAGAAGCGGAGAGAAGAGGCAGAGAAGGAGAAGAGGAGGCAGAGACACAGCAAGCUGCUGGCACUGUCACGGAGGAUGAAGGCCCGGGUCCCGAGCCGAAGGAGGAGCCGGCUGAAACAGGUUGGGGGCGAUGAGGAGGAGAUCAAAGAAGGUGAGGAUGAGGCUGGUGGUGAUGAAGAUGUAGGCGGAGGAAAAACGGGCAACAAUAAAAAGGCUGAUGAAGGAGGCAAAGUGGGGGAGAAGGACACGGAGGCGGUGAUAGAAGAAGAAGAGCAGUAGGAUGGGAAGAAGUAACUCCAUUCGGUGAUGGAGAACAGAGAUAGUUUGAAUGUAAAGAACUUAAUACUUAAACCAUCAAAAAAUGACUCAUAACUGUCUUUCUCCUGCAGCAUUUAAAAUGGAAAACAAAAACACUAAGAACUGGAGUUACAAGAAUUUCACUGUUGUAUUAUGUUGCUAUAGAAACAAAACAUUGGUGACAUGCAACAAAAAGAUGCACAGAUGAUUUAGACAGGCUCGUUGAUCGGUUAUGACAUGUAUUUAGUGAAGGAAGUAGACCCUGAAAUGGGACACGGCUUUAGAGGAAUGCUGGGAAAAGUGGCUCAUGGAUGUGUUACUACUGGUUCACUGUCAUAUGUCAAUUCUUAGUGGUCUGCCCCUGCUGAUCUACUGAAAUAUCAUGUCAUGUCAGUUUUAUUUAUACAUCUCAAAGUUAAAUAUCCCUGUUAUUGAUCCUACAUCGAUGUCAUGACACCCAUAGACAAGUGCAGCUUUACACUGGCAGGUCAGCAUGGACGUUAACGGUAUAUAUGACAGUCUUUUAGUUUUUACUAAAAUGUUGAUAUAAAUGCAUAUGAAUGGAUAGGGCACUGGUAUAGCAACUGUAUGGCAUUAAUUUUAAGCCAUCCCAAAAUCAAUGUUGACCUACAAAAAACAAUUCUAAAUGUUAUCUCUUUACUUUGUUCUUGUCAUCUAUAGGGGCUAUUUGCUCGCAAUUCAAAUGAAUAGAAAAUGAAUUAUAUAUUUUUCUAAAUACUUGGUUUGAUAAAUAAAAAAACUCUUGGCAUUAAAAGUUAUAACUAUGUAUUAUACACUGCUUAGAGCUAGUGUUAGGAAGUUAAAAGGUCAUUAUUCCCUCUUAAAUAUCUAUUUUAUAUCGCUGUGAAAAGAUUUCUUGCCAAAACCUAUAUUUUACAACAUAACAUUGAACACACUAUAUUAGCGUUAUAAUAUAGCUUCGCCUGAUACAAAUUCUUACUGUGUAUAGAUUGAAUGCACCAUGCAAGUCAACGGAACCACUAUCAAUCACAUUAAGUUAGUUGUUCCAUAUGUUUUAAGAUUGUUUCUACUCGACUUAUAUUGAACUUGCAGUUGUGACAAAUUGUGAAUUGCGAUAGAGGCACGUGUAAAUGUAACAGCAAAAAAUCUGAAAUAUGAAGCUAUGAGAUGAAAAUCAGCCCAUUUCAAUCAGCAUCGGAUCGAUCACUGAACACCUAAGCUCUUCCGGUCAGCUUGGUAUCUACAAAAUUCAUGUCGUAAGGAAAAGUCAUAAUGGUGUACUUUCUAUAACUUUUCUGCCCUCCAUUCCUAGUUUGAAUGCAAAACCAUGAAAGUCUAAACCUGUAUUGAUCAUUGACAUGUUCUACUUUUUUUGACAUUAAGAAGCAGCGAUGUUAUGCAGCAUGUCAGCAACCAUUUAUACUAGCUGUGCUAGCAGAUUUCCAUAGUUCUUAAUUUGUUCUAAAACUUUUUUCCUCUCAGGGGACAUCUGGCACAUGCCGUGUGACAAUUAUUUUAACUCACCACUUACGAGCCUUUUCCUGACAUUUCAACAUCAUAUCAUGGUUUUCAAGACCAAGCAAACAACAAAAUAAGUUUUUCUUUCGUGGCUGAGAGCUCCUCAAAAAGCUAGUAAGUGGACCAGGAUUAUGCCAGUAGAUCAACAGCAGCAUACCAAUAAUCAACAGUGGUAUAUCACUCAGAAUUGACGAUACCAAAACAAGAGUGGCAUGCCAUCAGACACUUUUAAUGUCAGGGCUGCUGCAGCCGGGCUUCAUCGGCUGCCUGUGGGACGAGGUUCUCAUCUGGCUGUAAUAUCAGUAGAUAUGCAGAGGACACUGAGCUGAAGAAGGGUUCCUAAAUUGUUAUAAAGACCAAGGCAUAAGAAACAUCCAAUGAAAAUGGUUUAAGUUCUUGUUUUGUUCCUAAUCCCUAUCACACAGCCUGUUUAAAGCGGGACUGUUGCGCCUUUACUCCGCCUUGGUGUUCUGUAUUUAAGGUACAGAGACGUAGAUGGGGAGACAGAGUUGUUCUGCCACUAAGCCGGGAGCAAAGAUAGUCACGGAGCGGAAUUGACGUCUGUAUAAAAGGGACAGCUGGCAUGGCGGGACCACACCCACACACUGGAAACCGGCGCAAACUCUGAUUUUACUGGUCUGGAUUGACAAUGGCUGCUGAGGCCUCUGGGUACUGCAGUAAUCAAAGACAUUGAUCAUACCGAACUGACAGCGCUCAGAUUUUUCUUUGUUUGCUUUACUUCUCCUUUAUUUACAUUUUAGCUAAAACAAAUCAGACUUUAAAAAAAACCACUGUCUGAGGCUGAAACCACACUACUCCAUUUCUGUUUUAAAACGCACAUGUUUUGCUACGUUUACACUGAACAUCCAAACUACUCAGGAGUUUUAGAGCACCGAAAACAAAGUCAGUUUGAAAACUCCGGGGUUACCUUGUAGUGUGGACAGGCGUAACCACAUGAGUUUUAAAACGAUGACGUAGACACCCACGUUGGCUACUUGUUUCGGUCUUAGCAGUCCCGACGUGUCCUUCCCUGAUUUGUCACGCCCCUAUCACGUGUCCUUUUCCGGAAGAAAACAAACAGCCUUUAUUAUUGAUCGACUACCAGUGGUUAAUUUGAUUACAGGCAUUGCUGAUCUUCUUGCAUAUACUAGCAGCUGUUGUGCAGUUAAAUUCAGCAUUUUUAAUGCUACUACUGCCGACAUGUGGAGGAAGCAAGCUUUUAAUGUAGCGAUUAGGUAGCAACGUGUCCAGUGGCAUUAUCAGCCCUACGGAGCGGAUGUUUGAACCAGGGUUUGCAGCUUUGAUGAGUGUGAUGGAAACAAAAUGUAGGAAUUGUCUUUUCUUAUGAAUGCUUAUUUUGUUCUCUACAACUAUUGUUAAGUACAUACAGAAACUGUAAACAAACAAAAGCAUAAAUGCUCUCCAGUACGACAGGGACUUCAGCCACCCGGCAGAGCCACGAGUGUGAGAACAGACCACCAUGAGACAUGUGUUGACCAAAUUUGUUGACCCAUAAUCUAGCAAACUUUGAUUUGUAAGUGUUCAUUUUAGAUGUGUGGUUGUGUGUGUGUGAGAGAAAGAGAGCAAGACCUGCAGCCUUGUAACUAAGUCUGAAAAAUUAAACUUCUAAAA